AUGAGUUCUGCAUCGAAUGGGCGCAAAAAUCGCCCCAGAUCCGCCGGGAACAUCUUCCAGAUCGGCAAGCCUCCUCACCGAGACCCACAGAGGAGGGAGAGCACCGAGAGCACCCGCAAAGCCCAGCGCGCCGUGGCCGACUGCAGAAUGAUCGUCCAGGAAUUCAAUACACUUGUGGCUCUAUACCGUGAGCUGGUCAUCUCCAUCGGCGAAAUCACUGUGGACUGUCCCACUUUACGGGCCGAAAUGCUGAGGACCCGAACUAAAGGCUGCGAAAUGGCGAGAGCGGCGCACCAGAGUCUCUCCUUGAUAUCGGGGCCGGAGGACGGGGAGAUCCACCCUGAGAUCUGCAGGCUCUUCAUACAGCUGCAGUGCUGUCUGGAGAUGUACAUCACUGAGAUGCUCAAGUCGGUGUGCUUGCUCGGUUCCCUGCAGCUCCACAGGAAAGGUAAGGAUUCCUGUGGCCCUCCCGGGGUCGACAGUAAGAUCGAAGAGGGCUCGGACAUCCCCAUCCUGGAGGACACGUCUUCCUCCCCCACUGACUGUCCUCAGCUCUGCUGGCUGGUGGCCACUGACAUAGAAAACAUUGAAAAGGAUAUGAGGGAGAUGAAGAACCUUCUCAGUAAACUCAGGGAGACAAUGCCUUUACCAUUGAAGAACCAAGAUGACAGCAGUUUGCUGAACCUGACUCCCUACCCACUGGUCCGACAGAGGAAGAGGCGGUUCUUUGGGCUCUGUUGCCUGGUAACCAGCUAAGGGCCCCGCCUUCGUGGGUAGGAGGCGCCGGCAACAAAGACACCAUUACCCACUGUCCUUCACCACUUGUGUCUCCCACCAAUCUAUUACUGCCAUUUUCAAAUAAAUUGUCUCUUUCACUUUUUUUUAAAGGCUGCCCAUUUUAUAAUUUUAUUUUGUAAUACAAAUAAGAAUUGUAACUGCAAUGUCAUGAAAACAAGAAGUCAUGAACAUAUAUUUUAAGAUAUUUUGCAACAAUUUUUUUCCCUCUUUUGGUAAAAUGAAGUCAGAUAUCCGCUUGUCCAAUGUAAAAGAGAAUGAGAGGUCAUUUGAAAUAAUGUCAAUGUUACUUCCAUGAACCUGAGUGAAUGAAAUGAGGAUUCAUGUUUUAAAAAAAAGGGAAUAUAAUUGUCCAUUUCUGUCAGAAAUAAUGUGAUAACUUAUGAAUAGAUGCUGUCCGAAUCUUUGAGAACGGCGCUUGCAAAGGCAAAGUUAUACACUCGUCCGUCUGAGCUGAGAUGACAGGUUUGUGCAGAGUCAGUUUGUCGUGUAUUACAGUCUCUGUUUUCUGUUCCUUGCUGUUUUUUCUUCUCAGUGUACUUAAUUUAGUCUUCCAUAAACCAAGAACCUGUACCCAACUUUAUCUUUCCAGCUUCAAAGUGGAAUAUAUGAUACAAUACUCAAAAUGAAAAAAAAAAAAAACUUCUUUGCACACAAUAUCUAUCCAUAAACUGAGACAUUAGACAUGUAUAUACACAUACUCUUUACGCAAUGCUCUCUGAAUUAUUUUCAAAGUUGGAGUUGGUUAGCAAAACAAAGAGUCUGUUGGUUGGUGUAAGCAGGGAGGGUCUCCCUCUGUCGGAGGGGGGACAGCAUGGGUCUUGCUUAUCAAAUGAUAGUGAUCAAUGUUUAGGGCACGUCGAAGGUACACUAGUCAAAGCUGAUAUAGGUCAUUUUACAUUGUUAAUAAAACUUUUGUUA